AUGCCCUACGUACCACCUAAAACGUCUACAUAUAUUACAACAUCUCUGACUAUAAAACAAGUUAUUCCUACUAUUGGACAUACCCGGAAUCUUGAAUGUCCCAUUGUUGAAGUUUUAAAUUUGACAUUAUCCACAACCGUUAAUGCAAAAAAUAAAUCUGAAUCUCAAAUAACAGCGACACGUGACACUGCAAAUAAUAGCGCUGUCUUAAAACUAGACAAUUUGUCUAUUUCACCACAAUUAACACAUCAAGGGAAUUCAUUACUCCGAAAACAAAAUGGUGAAAUCGUAAAAUCAUCAUUUAAAAACCCCGAAUCAAAACCUGCAUCACCCAAACAAGUGACGUUUAGUAGCGAUCUAAAACGUAUCAAUAUUAUAGAUGAAGACUUAUCAGAUACCGAGGGUGACGUAUAA